GAUGUGCCAGAGCUGAGAUAUUCUAGCAACAUCUACAAAGCUAUCUAUGCAGUGGCUCAUUCAUUGCACAGCAUCCUAAAGUGCUCCACAAGUCAGGGAUGUGACAAGACUAUAAAUGUUACUCCCUGGCAGGUAGUGGAGGCAUUGAAGCAGGUAAAUUUUACCAUUAAAAAUGGCGAUGAGGUGUGGUUUGACAGCACUGGUGCGACUAUUGCUUGGUAUGAGGUGGUGAACUGGCAGCGUGGAUCAGAUGGCUCAGUCCAGUUUAAACCUGUAGGCUACUAUGAUGCCUCUCUACCUCCUGGACAGAAUUUUGUUCUCAACACUGAAGCCAUAAUGUGGCUUUUGCCUGUGUCAGUGUGCAGUGAGAGCUGUCGUCCAGGAACUCAUAAAGUCCUUCAGAAAGGAAGACCAGUCUGUUGCUAUGACUGCAUACCAUGUGCAGAGGGAGAAAUCAGUAAUAGCACAG